AACUAUAAAAGCUUAGAACCCUAUCUUGUGAUUAGCCAGUAACUCUUUGAUCACGGACUUGAACUCUAUCGUGCUGAAAAGAAAAAUUAAAUAUGAAAGCAAUCAUUACCGUGCUCGCCAUUUCUUUCGCCGCCGUUUUGGGUCAAAUAACACUUGAACAAAAAGAAAAAUUAAGACAGCAUAGAGACUUUUGUAUCGGUGAAACUGGUGUCCAUCCAACCGUACUUGAAAAUGUAAAAAAAGGACAGAUAGUUGAAAAUGACGAAAAACUUAAUUGCUUUGCUGAUUGUCUCUUAAGGAGAACCGAAAUUAUAACUGAAUAUGGAGACGUUGACUGGGAUGUAGCUCGUGCUAAAUUGCCACGGAACGUAUCACAAGAACAAGCCGAUCAAAUAUAUAAUGCGUGCAAAAACAUUACUGGAACUGGCUGCAGCAAGGGAGCCAAUCUGUUUAAAUGUUUCUUGCGCAACAAACAAUUUCAUCUUUUGGCAUAAGAAAAUAAGAUCAAAUUCCACAUGAAAACUUAAUUAGCUCAUUAAAUUUAUCAGAUAACACAAUGCAUUAAAAUAUUAUUUUGCAUAGUCAAUAUAAAAUUGUAUUAAUAACAAAUAAAUAUUUACGUCUGUUCAGUA